UUCAUUUUGGGACGUAACAUCCAGACAGACCGAAGGAAAAAGAAGCUUGGUCUGGAACCACUCAUUACCUGACAGGAAAAGGCUCCACGGAAAUCUCACCAUGUCAGAUACAACAACAAAUGGCAUCAUCAACGCCACAUCGUAUGACUAUUCAUCUUACGAUGAAAAUGAGGACGUUAUCACUCCUUGUGAAGAAGUGAAUUUAAAGAAUUUCGGGAUGGUGUUUGUUCCCACUCUGUACAGUUUGGUGUUCAUCAUAGGCUUUCUAGGGAACAGCCUUGUGGUGUGUGUCCUGGUGAAACACCGCAACCAGACCAACUUGACAGACAUCUGCCUUUUCAAUCUGGCCCUCUCUGACCUCCUCUUUGUGUUCAUGCUGCCUUUCUACUCUCACUACUCUGUGGUCAGUCAGUGGACAUUUGGAAGCUUCAUGUGCCAUUUCAUCUCAGGCUGCCACAACGUCGGGUUCUUCAGCAGCAUCUUCUUCCUGGUUGCCAUGACGCUGGACCGUUACAUCGUCAUCUUGUACAAUCAGAGGCUGGCACGGCGGCGCACUCUGAGGGCGGGUGUUAUUCUGAGCGUGCUUGUCUGGCUAUUGAGCGUGUGUGUCUCCCUUCCAAAUUUCAUCUUCACCAAGAUUACAAAUGACUAUCACGGGCUAGGAUGUGACUACAAGCCAGAUAACAUUGCUUGGAGGUUUUACAGCGUCAUAGCCAAAAAUAUGCUGGGUCUUGUGAUUCCCCUGCUGGUGAUGGUGGUUUGCUACUCCAGGAUCAUCCCUACAUUGGUGAACAUGAGAAGUGCAAAAAAGCACCGCGUUGUGAAGCUGAUCGCCUCCAUAGUGGUCCUCUUUUUCGUGUUCUGGGUCCCAUACAAUGUCUCCUUCAUCUUGUGCUUCCUGCACACUGAGGGCAUGACAUCCGAUUCACAUAACAGCUGCGAAUUCGACGUGAAUUUGAAGGUGUCAGUUGCAGUCACUGAGAGCAUUGCUUACGCCCACUGCUGCCUGAAUCCCAUCAUAUACGCAUUUGUUGGGCAGAAGUUCAUGAAACGAACCCUGCAGCUUCUGAGGAAGUGGGUUCCGGGGAUGCCCUCCAUGUGUUUGAGGGACAGUUCAGUCAGGAAUAGCUCAGUCAAGUCCAGGUCUUCUGAUGUCACUCCCAUUUCUAUCAUGUAAGUGGAGGCAGAAAGAUGUAAAACGCUUCAUGGGCAUCACCUAAAGUGUUUUUUUAUCCAGGCUGCCUUGUUAUAUAAGCUGACUGCAAUCAUAUAUGUUACCAUGUGUGGCCUUUUUUUUAUUUCAUUUCAAUUUGUGUUUGGUCGAUUAUUUCUUUGCUGUUACAAUACUUCUUGGCAAUAAAUCUUUAUACCGUUGGAAAGCCUGUUUAUUUCCCUUAUAAAUGGUGCCACAUUUGUAACGGAAAUGCAUUUUUGGGUUGAGUAUGAGGGUUCUUCUAUUCCGAUGCCAAACAGCUUAUUCUGCUACUGCUGCUGUUUGUUGGAAGAACCAUACACAGCCACAACAGCCUGGCAUCUCCUCCUCAUGCUGGAGAGAUUGGAAUUGCCUGCCUGCAGUCCUGCACCUCAACCCCAUUGAACACUUGUGGGAUCAGCUUGGACGUGCUGUUCGUGCCAGAGUGACCAACACAACCACAUCAGCUGACCUGCAACAAUUGCUGGUUGAAGAAUGGGAUGCCAUCCUACAGCAGUGUGUGACCAAACUGGUCAACUGGCAACUGAGGCCCCAGUUUGUUGAAUGAAUAAAUUGUUAACCUGUUUCUUCAGACUUCAAUCAUCCAAUCCAAUAAGCGACACCAAACAAGAGUCAGCAGAAUAAGCUGUUUGGCAUUGGCAGAGUUUUUCAUGGGCACAACCCACAUACUCAACUCUGCUGCUCAACCCACAAAUGCAAAUUGUUCGCACACCAUUUAAAACGGAA